GUCAACAUUAAAGAUGAAGAAGAGGAGGAGAAGAUUGGGAAUUAUGUUUCUCAUGAGGACCUGAGCCAUAGGACCAUGCCUCAGGACUACCUGGCACGAUGACUCCUUGCUGUCCCCAAUUCACCUGGCCGUGCUGCUGCUCCAGUUUCAACUGUUCUACCUGCGCCUUUGGAACCCUGACCUGUUCACUGGAUGUGCUACCUGUCCUAGACCUGCUGUUUUCAACUCUCUCUUGGUCAUGUUCUGUUAUAAUCUCCACCCGGCGCAGCCAGAAGAGGACUGGUUACCCCUCAUAGCCUGGUUCCUCUCUAGGUUUCUUCCUAGGUUUUGGCCUUUCUAGGGAGUUUUUCCUAGACACUGUGCUUCUACACCUGCAUUGCGUGCUGUUUGGGGUUUUAGGCUGGGUUUCUGUACAGCACUUUGUGACAUCAGCUGAUGUAAGAAGGGCUUUAUAAAUACAUUUGAUUUGAUCUUACAUACAGGACUUCAAGUUGUAAAAUAGUGAAGUACUCCUUUAAUGGAGUGGUAGGCUCUAUGAAAGGCAUGUUUCACCCCAAAAUUUUAUUUUGUUCAUUAGUACACUGCAAUCACGUUUUCAAGAACUUUCAGUACAAAGCAAAAAGUGUGUCAUGAUGAUGAUGAUGAUAAUAAUGAUAUGAAAAUGACAAAUAACAAUUGCCUGUAAUUUGCAUAAUCAGACUGUUUUGCUGUGUACUGCAGUGUACCCUAAUCCUGGUCCAGGGGAUCCAAAGGGGUGUGCUUUUUUGUUUUUGCCCUAACACUCACACACUGGAUUCAACUAAACAACUCAAGCCUUUGAAUUGAAUAAGGUAUGAGAGUGCUAGUGCAAAAACAUACAUGUACACCCCUUUGGGACCAGGGCUGGGGAACACUGCUGUACUGAAAGUCCUCCAUCUUCAGAACUUCACUGCUGACGUGCACAUUAUUGGGAUUGUAUACAGGGUGAAGAAACCAAGGUGGACAUUUGUAAUUUGAUUGAACUAUCCCUUAAAUUACAGUUCCUUUGGAGUUAUAUUUAGUUAGAGGUGCAUUUGCUCUCAGCAUGUGUUAUAAAUAAACAUUAAUUUAUUUUAUAAAGAAAACGGCUUUUGUUAUCUCUUAAAUGUUGUUUACCUUUGCACUUUAGUUUACACCACUGAGGAGGCGGCGACGGCAGCAGUAGUAGCAACUACCGCCUUCUCGUGGCAUGGGAUCGGGCCAUCCCAAUGAUCCCGGAAUGCACGGAAGGUUGCACUGUGGUAGUGGGGGAACAGGAAGUUCCCGGCAGGCGUGCACCAUUCUUCAGAAUAAAGAUAGCGCCAGAACGGAGCAGUCAAGAAGAUAACCUUUGUUUGUGUCCGUUUCAAUUUAAUACUACAGGCCGACUCAGAUUAAGUCUGAGGCCGUUAACAUCAACAGUGGGGACAAACCCAGCCUGCCACUCUUCUUCCACACUGAGUAGAAACCUACAGUCACUGGGUCCUGAUUGUGAGAGUGGAGCCCAGUUUGCACUGCAGGAUCCAGAGAUGGCAUCAGUGAAGCUGGAAGACUGCAGUCAAACACUGGAGCUGAAUGUCAACAUGAAAGAUGAAGAAGAGGAGGAGAAGAUUGGGACAACUGUUUCUCAUGGAGAUGAUGUUGAGACAUUCUCUACAUCCAGAGAGCAACAGCAGGAAGAUCACAGAGCUAAGAGGUCUCACCACUGCCCACAUUGUGAGGAGAUUUUCCCAGUUAUAUCAAAGCUAAAAAAACACAAAAAAAUACAUACAGGAGAGACUCUGUAUUCCUGCACUGACUGUGGGAAGAGAUUCACAACACCAGCUCCGCUAAAAGUUCAUCAGAGAACACACAAAGGAGAGAAGCCUUACUCCUGCUCUGACUGUGGAAAGAGUUUCUCUCAACUGCGUCACCUAAAACAACAUGAACGUAUACACACAGGAGAGAAGCCUUACUCCUGCUCUGACUGUGGGGCGAAUUUCUCUCAACUGGGCCACUUAAAACGUCAUCAAGGUAUACAUAAAGGAGAGAAGCCUUACUCCUGCUCUGACUGUAGAAAGAGUUUCUCCCUCUCGAGCUACCUAAAACAACAUGAACGUAUACACAGAGGAGAGAAGCCUUACUUUUGCUCUGACUGUGGAAAAUGCUUCAUAACAUCAAUUGUUCUAAAAGUUCACCGGAGAACACACACUGGAGAAAGGCCUUACUUCUGCUCUGACUGUGGAAAAGGCUUCACAACAUCAUCUGAGCUAAAAGUUCACCAGAGAACACACACAGGAGAGAAGCCUUACUCUUGCUCUGACUGUGGAAAAGGCUUCACAACAUCAUCUGAGCUAAAAGUUCAUCAGAGAACACACACAGGAGAGAAGCCUUACUCCUGCUCCGACUGUGGAAAAUGCUUCACAGCAUCAGGUCAGCUAAAAGUUCAUCAGAGAACACACACAGGAGAGAAGCCUUACUCCUGCUCUGACUGUGGAAAGAGUUUCUCUCAACUGCAUCACCUAAAACAACAUGAACGUAUACACACAGGAGAGAAGCCUUACUCCUGCUCUGACUGUGGGGCGAAUUUCUCUCAACUGGUCCACUUAAAAAGUCACCAAGCUAUACAUAAAGGAGAGAAGCCUUACUCCUGCUCUGACUGUAGGAAGAGCUUCUCUCAACUGGGCUACUUAAAACGUCACCAAGGUAUACAUAAAGGAGAGAAGCCUUACUCCUGCUCUGACUGUAGAAAGAGUUUCUCCCUCUCGAGCUACCUAAAACAACAUGAACGUAUACACAGAGGAGAGAAGCCUUACUUUUGCUCUGACUGUGGAAAAUGCUUCAUAACAUCAACUGUUCUAAAAGUUCACCGGAGAACACACACAGGAGAGAAGCCUUACUCCUGCUCUGACUGUAGGGCGAGUUUCUCUCAAUCGAGCCACCUAAAACAACAUGAACGUAUACACACAGGAGAGAAGCCUUACUCCUGCUCUGACUGUGGAAAAUGCUUCACACAAUCAUCUGAGCUAAAAGUUCACCAGAGAACACACACAGGAGAGAAGCCUUACUCCUGCUCUGACUGUAGGGCGAGUUUCUCUCAAUCGAGCCACCUAAAACAACAUGAACGUAUACACACAGGAGAGAAGCCUUACUCCUGCUCUGACUGUGGAAAAUGCUUCACACAAUCAUCUGAGCUAAAAGUUCACCAGAGAACACACACAGGAGAGAAGCCUUACUCCUGCUCUGACUGUAGGGCGAGUUUCUCUCAAUCGGGCCACCUAAAACAACAUGAACGUAUACAUACAGGAGAGAAGCCUUACUCUUGCUCUGACUGUAGGAAGAGUUUCUCUCAAAUGGGCCAGUUAAAAAGACACCAAGGUAUACAUAAUGGACAGUAGCCUUACUCCUGCUCUGACUGUGGAAAAUGUUUUAAAUCAUCAACUGAGCUAAACGGUCAUCGGUCAUUCGUUACCUCUUUCAUGCCCUGCCUCCAGUCCACUUACCGAUAUCUGAACAAGAGAGCCUCAUCAAAAUUGCAACAAGCGGUUCUGUGAAAAUUGAAUUUAAUCAGAAGCUACUGACAGAUUUCUGGAUUGGGCUGCGCUCAGAGUAUCCUGCCUUGUCAAAUCGCGCUGUUAAGACACUGUUGCCCUUUGCAACCACGUACCUAUGUGAGAGUGGAUUCGUGGCCCUCACUAGUAUACAAACUAAAUACAGGCACAGACUGUGUGUGGAAAAGGAUUUAAGACCGACUCUCUCCAAUACAAUCCAACAUUGCAGAGUUAUGUGCAUCCUUUCAAGCACACCCUUCUCAUUAAGUUAUUCACAAUUUUCAAUGAGCAAGUAAGGUUUUAUAUGUAAGAUGGCUAAAUAAAGAGCAAAAUUGAUUAUUGUUAUUUGUGCCCUUGUCCUAUAAGAGCUCUUUGUCACAACCAGGCUUGUGGGAAGUGACAAACUCAAGCCUGUGUGACAGGCUAACAAUAUUUGAGAGUGCGCAGACCCUGGUGCUAGAGGGGGGACGCAGCUGGAGGUUGAAUGUUUGAAGGGUUACGGGACUAUAAACAUUUUAGGAACCGCUGGUCUAGAUAAUCCCAGUUCCUGCUGUGUCAUGCUGAUGGGGAGACUAGGGUAUGGAGAACCAUGAGUGCAUGCACCCAUGCCGUGUGUCAGCAUUGCAGGGUGGUGGUGAUGGUGUAGGGUGUGUUUUCAUGGCACACAUUGGGCCCCUUGAUAAAAGUGGAGCAACGUUUUAAUGCCACAGGAUGUCUAAACAUCAUUGCCAAUCAGGUGCAUCCCUUUAUGGCAGCAAUGUAUCCAGCUGCAAAUGUAUGUUUUCAGCAGGAUUAUGCCACAAGGCUUGUCCAGGAAUGGUUCCAUGGGAACCAUGACAGGGAAUUCAGCUUACUGCAGUGGCCUGCCGAGUCACCAGAUCUCAAUCCAAUUGUGCAUCUGUGGGAGGAGAUGGAAGGAGCUAUUCCGAGUAGAGAUCCACUCCCAGCCAACUUGACACAGUUGUAGGAAGCAUUGGAGUCAACAUGGGCCAGCAUCCCUGUGGAACACACUCAAUAUUAGGAAACUGUUUCUCAUGUUUUGUACACUCCGUGUAUAUCAGAUAAAGAUAGUGUGAUGAUCUGUUAGGCAUUAGUUUGGGUGGAUUAUUUUAUAUUACUAAACAAGCUAUGAAUCAACUACUUGUGUUUAUUGAUCUGGUGGCAGGCAGCCUAACGGUUAAGAAUGCUGGGCCAGUAACAUAAAGGUUGCUGGUUUGAAUCCUGAGCUAACUAGGUGAAAAAUCUGUCAUUGUGCCCUUGAGCAAGGCAAUUAACCCUUAUUUGUCCUGUAAGUCUCUCUGGAUAAGAACAUCUGCUAAGUGACAAGAAUGUAAUGAAAAUAAUGUUUGUACAUGAAUUUGUGCUGGGAAACCACUUUUUUCUCAUGUGUAUAAUUAAAUGAAAUAAACUGUUUGAAGUGAAUUACUGUAUAUAUAAUACACAACAUUACCACUUUGUUUACCCUGGUCAGAGGUACAGGACCAUAGUAAACUAGACUAUGUAGCUGCUGUUGUUAGUAGUCUACAGUUUCCAUGCAAUACAGCAUGUCAGAUCACUAAUGAUUAGGUGUAUAGGCUGCUACAUUUAUGCUUUUGUCUGUCGGGAGUGAUGUGUUAUCAGGCUGAAUAACUACCGGAGGGAAGUGGAGAGCGCGCAUUGAGCUUUGUGGGUUGUGCCCGGCCCACCAGACAUGGUCAAGAGAGGCAAAGAACCUGCAGCAGCACUCUGAUGGGAAGAACAGCCCAUACAAAAAUGUAGGAUUGUAGUACAAUGAAGAGAAAAAAGUAGCAUGGUAUUUUCUUGGGCUGGUAGUGACCAAAAACAAUAUGUUUUCAUUGUACUAGAGGCCUAGGAACAUAGAAGAAACUGCCAGAUGUGUCAUAAUAGCCCGGAAGUAAAGCCGCACUGGGAGACACAUUUGAAAUGGAAUACAUUGAAUACAUGCAGCAGGGUGAAACAAUCACAGUAAAACACGAUUUAAAUGUAUUGUUGGAAGGACUGUGGUCUCCAUUCAUGUAAUACAAUAAAUAUAUACAGCAGAUGG